UCUCUGCCGUCGCCCACAAGCUUUUCCUUCCCACUCCCACUCUCUCUCCCUCUUCUGUUCUCCCACGUUCCCUUCUCCGGCGAGACUCCUGUUUGUUCGACACCAAGACGUUCUUGAGUUGCCAAGUGUUUUGAGGUGAAACAGAAGAGCCGAUGAGGAAGCUAAAGUUUCACGAGCAGAAGCUUUUGAAGAAGGUUAACUUCUUAGAAUGGAAGAGAGAAGGAGGUCAUAGAGAAACCCAAGUGAUGCAUCGCUAUCACAUCACCGGACGGGAUGAUUACAAGAAGUAUUCGAGCAUAUGCCGGGGCGUCCAGAAGCUGGUUAGCAUGUUGAAGAAGAUGAACGAGAAAGACCCUUUCCGAUUGGAAUUAACCGAGAAACUCCUCGAAAAGCUGUACAAUAUGGGCGUGAUACCAACCCGACAGAGCUUGAAUUUAUGCGAUCGCCUGUCAGUGUCAUCCUUUUGCAGACGGAGGCUGUCGACAGUACUGGUACGUUUGAAAUUCGCCGAGCACUUGAGGGAAGCUGUUACAUACAUUGAGCAAGGGCAUAUUAGAGUUGGUCCAGAGACAGUUAAUGACCCAGCAUUUCUAGUUACAAGGAACAUGGAGGACUUCAUAACAUGGGUUGAUUCAUCGAAGAUAAAGAGAAAGGUUCUACAAUACAACGAUAAGUUGGAUGAUUUCGAUGCAAUGAACUGUUGAGAGAUGAGUAGUUCUAUCCAAGUUUUGGUUCCUUUUUUUGAGCACCUCAUCUUGUAUGAAUCCUUUUCUCCCCCACCCUUUUAAGACCUAAUUUUGUGUUAUAUAAGGCCAACGAAUUUGGAUAAAUUUAGGUCGUAUUGAUAUAUUUGAUAUCUAUUUCUAUUUGUUA